GCUUACUUUCUCUCUCUCUCUCUUUUCCCUUUAGGUAAAGCAUGACCCUUAAUGUUAAUGACCAGGAAGUGCUAGGAAGGCCACUCCACACCCCCAUGGGAUUUUUUUAAUAGAGAUAUGAACACAUACAACUCCCUUUCUGUUUUAUUAAAAAGCAAGUUUGUAAUCUGUUCUGGUAGUUAACACACAUUUGCACUAUUUUUUGCCUACAGGGUAGAGGAGAAGGUGGAAAAACACAGCAGCAGGACUCAUGAGAGGUCUGAAUGCACUUGAAUUUGCCCAGAUAUUUGCUGGCAACUGCUACCCAAGGAACGGUGGCACUGGGCAGGCAAGCCUGAGAUUCCCCCUUGCCUGUUUUGUGAAAUGGGUGGGUGUCAAAGUGCAGAACCAAGUUCAGCAGAGGAAGCAGCAUAUAGGAAUCCUGCUUUUGAGGACGUCGAGGAAAAGCAAUUGAAAAAUGUUAAUUCUAAAAGCAAAAAACCUGUUGUGGAUGCAAAGUUAAACAUUCACCCAACACCACCAUUAAACCAUAAAAACUCUCAACUCGGCUUUAAAGACUUGGUGUCUCUUCCACCCGGCAUUGACCAAGCUGAAUGGCUGGCCACAAACACAAUUGCCUUUUUCAAGAUGGUCAAUGUGUUUUAUGGGGCUAUGUCUGAAUUCUGUACAGCCAGAAGUUGUCCAACUGCCAGUGCACCUGGAGACAGGCACUAUACAUGGCUGGAUGACAAUGGCAAAAAGGUGAAGUGCACUGCUCCUCUUUACUUUGAUUAUGUGACAUCAUACAUCCAGGAUCUUCUCACUGAUGAAAAUGUUUUCCCAACUAAAAAAGGCUGCAAGUUUCCAAAUGGAUUUAUCUUUCUGAUUCAGAAGAUCUUCCUGUUGCUGCUUCACGUCUUUGCUCAUCUGUACUGGGCUCACUACCAUCAAGUUCUUGAUAUGGAAAUGCACACUCAUCUUCAUACUCUCCUCACACACUUUAUGACUUUCAGUCGGGAGUUUAAACUUUUGGAACCACAGGACACCUCAGCCCUAGAGAAGUUGAUAGCUGAACUCCCAAAACCAUGAUGUCACAGCAAUGGAAGACUCAGACAUCCUUUGCAACAAAGAUGCUUUUCUUCUGUAAAUAAGAUGAAGUUUUCUACAUGUGAGGUGUUUACUUGUAAAGGUCCUGUUAAUGUUUGCCAAGAAAAUGACAUAUGUCAUGAUGAUGGUGUGUCAUUCACUUUUUCAUUUACCAAAUGCAAAUGGCUCCAGCGUACAACAUGCUGACUUUUUACAUCUUUUUAUUAAAAGACAUGCUGUUGAUUCCACAGAAAAUAAGGAACAACCCACUCGGCCAGUUCAAAAACAAUUUUCUUUGAAAUAAAAAGAUAAUCUUUAGAAUAUCAAACCAAAUUAUACAACUCUGUUUUUCCAUUAUGUAUUUGUGAGGCUGACUGAACUCCACAGAGAAACAUACAUUUAAAAUCAGUGGCACUGUUUCAUGAACAUUUGCUGGUAAGACUUUGAUUGCUGGCUCAGGGCUAUCAACUGCGCACAGUCUUUUUCUGCUGAACAAAAAAAAAUGGAUUGGCCUUGUCACUGAUUCCUUAAGGAUCUCUGCAGUUCUUUUACUUUCUGCCAGGCACGUUACAUGGAACGCACUGUUAAAAUGACCAAGGAUACAGAUUUUCUGAUAUGGGAUCGUUUCUUUGCCCAGUCUUCCAUAUCCUCCAGUUUGUGUUUUGGUAUUUCAUCAAGGUGGGCCAGAAUGUCACACCACUCUUCUUGGUUGCAAGUUCCCCUUAAACUGCUUGAUAAAUAUGUUGAGCUCCCAUUCUGGGAAGCCAGAGUAUUUGACUUCCAUGCAGCAAGACCUUAAUGGAAACCAUUUCUAAAGCAGCCUACAAUCCAUAGCUCUCUUUUGGCAUAACUAAGUGAAGCUAGCCCAUUUUUCCACUGUACUUGUAUGUUGCUGAGUGUGGCUAACCCUGUCUAUGCAAUACUGAAGUUCAGAUUGCAAAGACAGUCUGAGACUUUGGGUUACCUACGUUUAUGAUUUUUGUCUGUUUUAGACUGAUUUAAGCACAAAAUGUCACUUAACGUGACAUACUCUGUGAUAGAAUGAAGUACAUCUUUUGCAGAAUGACUAAUCUACAGUAGAACCGUUUGAAUCAGACAGCAAAGGAACAACAUUUCAAAAAAAAUUACUUAUUGGUCCAGAAGCAGAAGCUUUACAACAGUGAGAAAAUAACUGACUUAGCUCACAAAAUAAUUCAGUGAAAUGUUCACUUCUUUAAAGCAAAUGUUUCAGUAGUAGAUUGAAGUAAAGUUUUCAUUGCGAACUAGGCCAAACAGUGUCUCAUCAGGAAAUAAAAAGUCUCAGGGGGAGAACUGGAAAGAUAAAAAUUUUUAUUUUUAUUUUUAUUUUUUUAAUUACGUAAACAUAUGCUUGUAUUGUAAAACAACAUUUUAGUCCCAAACUUUAACUUCUUUGUAAGGAAUACAGUGAGCAAUGUGUAUUUGUGUUGGAGGUAUGCGUUUAUUUUUGCCACAAUGUAAAUUACAUAUGUUAUACUGCAGACCAUCUCCUGUUCUGGGAGGAUGGGUUACACAUUUAGUACUUAUUUAUUAUAUGUCUGUGUGUUGGUUUUUUAUCUUAGUUUAUUAAUAUAUUUUUUGUAGAAACAUGUGCUGGCUUACGUUCAUACACAAAAUGACACCAAUUAUUUCCCAAUAUGUGAAGCUAAUAAAGAAGAUGGGAGAGAGAAAGGAAAGUCUUGGCAUGUCCUCCACUACCAGGCAUUUUCCCCAACUUAGUCAAUUUGCUUCCUAUCUCUUCUAGGCAGCCUGAGAUAAAGUACAUAAUACUUUGGGAAGACAAGAAUUCAUUUAGCUGGUUGACUCCUUUCUUUGUGUUAAAGUAACAGACAUUGAUUAUCAGUAACUCCUGUAGUUUUACUGAACUCCAUUCCCCCACAACCCCAGAACCAAUAAUUUUGUGUUUAUAUAAGUUCACAUGCCAGGCUUUGAACCACUGUGGUUGCCACACACAGUUACCUUUAUGCAUUCUGGUUUUACCCUACUCAUCCUAUUCUGAGGUUAAGAUGGUUGUGUACCGUACGAGAAAAUGUGGUUUGACAUGUCAGGAUGUAUGCUUGUGAAAAGGGGCAGGUAGCAAUAGAGAUACAGCAUAGUAACAGAGUAGGUAUAGUUUCAGGAAAUAGGGGACAGUGGUUGAGAGUUUUUAUUUUUAAGAACAGGCAAAUAAGCAGAUGGUGCUGGUGUUGCCUCUGGAUGAUCAGUUUAGCCUAGACUGAUUCCUUCCCUCCACUCUUCAUCGGGAAACUGUUUAACCACAUGUUGACAGACUAAGAAGAAAAUGAAAUCUAGCAUUUACAAUGGAUAGCCCUGAAUCAGCUAGAGGGUUUCAGGAAAAGUAAAUUAAAGAUUGCCCUUUGCAUAGUAUCCUGAAAAUUCAGGAAGGCUUAGAUCAUGCUACUGUCUGAUGUCAUAAAAGCAUAAUUAUACUUAAACCUGUGUGAUGGAUGGUACUUGGUCAUGUACCUGGAUGUAUUAUUCUUGUAUCCGAGAGCUGGACAAGACAAGAGAACAGUCAGUCUCAUGCUAGACAUAGGUCUGUGUGCUUGGAUGUGUCGUACCUCAGUCAGACUUAAGACAUUACACUGGGCAGCUGUGACAGCAGUCACUGUACGUCCUGUAUAGUUAAAGUGACAGUACUCAGGUCUCUGUUAGAUGGCUGUUUGGACUUCUCCAUUCUCAGGCCUUUAUGAUAGGGAAUUGUCUGGGGUCUUCCUAUCUCAGACUUGUAUGUUGUGGAAUUGUCAGGACUCAGGCAGUGUCAAACCAGCACUCUGGGCUAUUAUCAUGACUCCAUCUGUCUCACAACUGUAUGCCACAUAGUUGUACAGUCCCAGUCCUGUAUCCUGAGGGAGAAUAUCCAGAUAGUGGUGUUCUCUGUCCUGUAUACUGGUAGUAUUAAGGCCCAAUCAGUUUUUUAUCUGUAUGUUAGGUGGUCAUGAGACCUCAGUCACUCACACUCUAUUCUGCCAGUGACAAACUCUGGUCAAACCAAGACCUGUAUAAUGGAGAUAUCAAAACUCACUUGGUCUCAGGUUUUUAUGCUAGAUAUUUGUUAGCACUUGGCCAGUCUCAGGUAUCUAAGAUGACUAGUCGUCAUAGCUACUUGCAUUGACCUGACCAGUAUUUUUAGUAUGUUGCCUGUCUCGCAUACCAUGGUAAAGUGCAGCUGAAGUUAGGUCAAUAUGACAGAUAAUUGUAAGGAAUUCUCUUAUGUCAGGCUUAUAAAGUGACAUGUAGACAGGAUUAAAUCAGUUUCAGGCUUGUAUUUUGAGUGUUUCCCAAUGCGUCAUUAGGCUCAGUCCUGUAUGUUUGGGGUCUUAAUGCUCGGGUAGAUAAUGUGUCCGGUCUUUGACUUCUUUUUUUAUGUGCGAUUAGGGAUUUAAGCAUCAGCAGCUGUUAGACAAAUGUGCUGGGACAGAGCUGGCUGGGGUCAUUCUGUCUCAGGUCCAUUCAUGUUUUAAUAGCUGGCAUACUAUAGUAGGCAUGCUGUGUGAUUUCAGAGCUCAGUCAUUUUAAGGCUAUUUUUCUACAACCAUCAUUACUUUCAAGCCUAUCAAAUAGAUUUUUGGGAUGAUAUUUUAACUUGCUUUAUUGGCUACUGUUCAAAAAGUAUGAGUUACUGAUCUGUGUUCUGUCUUGCUCAGAGAUUAUGUGCUUUUGUGUAUUUGAACGUGCAAACUGCUAAGAGCAGUGUAAAAUAAGAAUAGGAAAAGGAGACUUAAAUCAUGUGCAUAUGUUGAACUGAGUGUGUCAGCUCUGUAAAAAGAAAAUGUGUAUGUCUUUGAAUGUAUAUAUGUUAAUGAAUUUAGAUAAAAUGAAUUUUAAACAUGUUUGUACUUAAACUGUUUUUAAUGAGUACAGUAUUUUUUGUUGAGUGGAACAUUUUGUACUGCCAAGCUUCAACAGGAUCUGUAUUGGCAAACAUCUUUAUUUUAUAGGUGCCAAAGUGCAUUAUAGCUCUGAAGUAGUGUUCCUUCUCAGGACAUAUAUAUUUUGGAUUGUGGGUUUUCUUUUUAUAAUAAAGUGUUGAAUAUUC